AUGGUUUGGAGCUUACAUAAAAUCAAGUACACCGAAUUGUUGCACAUUAGUCAUCUCUGAGAACGUCAAAAUCGCUUUGCUAAGCUCAUUGAACGCUCGCACCCAAAGAGAGAGACACAGAGAAAGAAAGAAAAGAAAUACAAAGACAGAGACAGAGACAGAGAUGGGUGGAGCCCAAGCCUUGAAGAGAAUCCCGCGCAUCAAAUUUCCUCAGAGACACCCGAAACCUUCUGGUUCUGCAUCUGAGCCUCAAAGCAAUGCUGCUAAAACAUUCUUCUCAGGUUCAGAGGGCUCAACAACUCUGGGAGGGAAAGCUUCUCUUCAGCCCAAACGAACACCUGUCUCCAAUGAAGAGAUUGAGGCUAUUCUGUUGGGUGGCUGCAUCUGAUAUUGAAAUGGAACUUCAAGGAGGCUAUUUGUUAAAAAAUUCAUACUACCAUUUUUAGACAUUUAAAAAUAUCUGAAUUUCACUUUGUAUUGGAUCUUUGAGAAGAAAAGAUCUACUAAUUGAAAUUUAUGAUGGAAGACAUCAAACUCAACAAAGGAUAUGAUAUUGAACCUCAUUCUUAAGCCA